AUGGAUCGGGGAUGGUACAUGUGCCAAGUAAACACUGACCCCAUGCGAUCAAGGAAGGGAUACCUCCAGGUUGUUGUACCACCAAUGAUAAUUGACAACAUGACAUCAACUGACAUGGUCGUACGUGAAGGCACUAAUGUCACCAUGGUAUGCCGAGCUACCGGCUACCCUGAACCUUACGUCAUGUGGAGACGAGAAGACGGCCAAGAAUUCAAUUGCAACAGCGAGUCGGUGAACGUUGUGGACGGAGAAAACCUAACCAUACCGAAGGUUUCGCGUCUACACAUGGGUGCCUACUUAUGUAUAGCCUCAAAUGGUGUGCCGCCUUCUAUCAGCAAACGGGUGGUGUUAAUGGUGCAAUUCCCGCCAAUGUUAUCAAUCCCGAACCAGUUGGAGGCUGCGUAUUUAGGACAAGAUGUGACAUUGGAGUGCCACACUGAGGCAUACCCUUCAUCUAUAAACUAUUGGACAACGGAUAGAGGAGAUAUGAUAAUAUCAGGUAAUAAAUACAUCACAUCUCUGAGCGAUGACGGCUACAGUCGGAAGAUGAAUCUAGUGAUAAAAAAAGUAUCAGCAAAAGAUUUCUCGUCGUAUCGCUGCGUCGCUAAGAACUCAUUGGGCGAAACGGACGGCCUAAUACGUCUGGAUGGUAAGCACAAAAAUCGUUGGCGUGAUAGCUCAGCUGAGAACAGAGUCAUCGGGGACUACGAAGUUGAAGAAUGGAAAGAUAUUGGUGAGUGA